CUUUGCGUGACUACCAACUUUGAAUUCCCAGUUUCAGCGCCUCGCCUCGCCUCGCUGCAGCCCGCGAUCUCUACUCUGCCUCCUGGGGUCUUCUCCAAAUCUCUAGCCCCCCACCUAGGGGGACCUAGCCUAGCCAGCGAGGACCGGAUCCGGAGGGUGGUGCGGCCAGGUGAGCCCUGAAAGGUGGGGCGGGGCGGGGGCGCUCUGGGCCCCACCCCGGGAUCUGGUGACGCUGGGGCUGGAAUUUGACACCGGACGGCGGCGGGCAGGAGGCUGCUGAGGGAUGGAGUUGGGCUCGGCCCCCAGAUGCAGCCCGCGGGCUCUGCCAGCAACAAGUCCCUCGGGCCCCAGCUCUCGCUGCGACUGGGGCUUGGAGCCCUGCACCCGAGGACACAGACUGGCUGCCAAGGCCCCACUUUUAACUAAAAGAGGCGCUGCCAGGUGCACAACUCCGUGCAUGAUCCAUUUGAGCUUCGGGGAAAAGCCCAGCACUGGUCCCAGGAAAGGUGCCUAGAAGGAUACGGAGGAGGACUACUUUGGCUUGACAAGCUCUGCCCCCUGGUGGCCACAGGAAGCCAUGGUCCAGGCCCUGUGUUUUCAGAAGGACCAUCACUUCCCCAGAUUAUAGGCAAGAUCUUGGGACACAUCUGUGGACAUAAGAGAGAACUCAAGUGACACUGGGUCCAGAACAAAGAUUGCAGGAGCCCUAGGCUCCCGGUCAUCAGAUAACCCAGUGACCAACUGUCACUCAAAUUCUCCAGGGCUCUGCUUCCUCCCCUGAGGUAUGGAGUGAAGGCUGAGUAUGGAGCCGAGGGAGCUCAAGUUACUACUUUGUCCAGCCACGCUGGUACCUUCAGCCCUGAAGUACAGAGCAGAAGGGUCUUAGAAGACAGGACCACCGCUGUGUGAGUCUCCCCCCUGUGACCUUAGAGGAUCUCUGAGCUCAGCUGAGCCUUGUUUGCCAAUCUGGAAAAAAUGAGCCAUUGACCUGUGGAAUCGUGACGGAAGAGGUCCUGCCGAGCAUCUAGCACAGAGCAAGGUUCUCCAUGCAGCUACUGCUUCCGAGUUGACUCUAGCUACUCCAAACUCCAGGGUAGCUUUGAGAGACUGAAGUGGAAAGAGGAAUACCCCAAAAGAUAACUAAUCAUCUUUCAAUUUGCAAGUUGCCUCAGGAAGAGGGUGGGGAAACGGGUCCACGGAGGCUGAUGGGAGCUCCUGGAGUUGAAAGCGAUGGAACUGGGACUUGGAGAGCCUACUGCAUUAUCCCACUGCCUCCGGCCUAAAUGGCAGCCAGCCUUGUGGCCAACUCUAGCUGCUCUAGCCCUGCUGAGCUGCGUCACAGAAGCUUCUCUGGACUCGAUGUCCCGCAGUCCCGCUGCUCGCGAUGGUCCGUCGCCGGUCCUGGCGCCCCCCACGGACCACCUGCCUGGUAGGGGGACACACUGCGCAUUUGUGCAGCGAAAGAGCCCUGCGACCACCGCCGCAGUCUCCUCAGCCCGCACCCCCGCCACCAGGUCCCGCGCUCCAGUCUCCUCCCGCUGCGCUCCGCGGGGCGCGCGCGGCGCGUGCAGGAACCCGGAGCAGCCGCGCACGGGCCACAGAUGCGCGCGGCUGCCGCCUGCGCUCGCAGCUGGUGCCGGUGAGCGCGCUCGGCCUGGGCCACAGCUCCGACGAGCUGAUACGUUUCCGCUUCUGCAGCGGUUCGUGUCGCCGAGCACGCUCCCCGCACGAUCUCAGCCUGGCCAGCCUGCUGGGCGCCGGAGCCCUGCGGUCGCCUCCCGGGUCCCGGCCGAUCAGCCAGCCUUGCUGCCGGCCCACUCGCUAUGAGGCCGUCUCCUUCAUGGACGUGAACAGCACCUGGAGGACCGUGGACCACCUCUCCGCCACCGCCUGCGGCUGUCUGGGCUGAGGAUGAUCUCCAAGCCUUUGCACACUGGACCCAUGUGUCGCCCUACCUGGAACAGCCCCUCUGGGCCUCACUAGCCGGGAGCCUCAACUCAGCAGGAAAUGGAGGCUGCAGAGCUCAGCUCCCAAACCGAUGAGUGACAGACAUAGAGCCUGGAAAGAUGACAGAACCACUGACCAACAGUCUCAAGGUGUUCAUGGAUCCCAGCUCUACAGACAGCAGAAACCUCAGAUAAUGAGAACUCCUCUGGAAGAAUCCAGAAAUGGCCCUAGAUCCUGGGGAAUGAAUUUUGAGGAGAUACAUGUUGUAGUUGAGUUGCUGGACCAGCCUAUGCUGAAACCAGCCUUGUGUUCACUUGUGGAAGCCGAAGCCCUAUUUAUUAUUAUUUCUAAAUUAUUUAUUUACUUUGC